UCAAGGGAAGUAACUUCACUAUAUUUUAUUAAACCGAAAGUACACAGCCUGGCAAUAAGAAUGAGGUCAUAAGGAUACGUAUGCUUUACUGCUUCCACGUCUCCGGCGAUUUAAUGAGUUUGAUUCUAUAUAUGUUAAAAUAGGGAUACCAAAACAAAUGAUUCAGUAAUGGCAUUAAAGUUUCUGUCAAAGCAACUGCAGCGUGUGUUUGAAGAAUUACCCCAGCAGCCUGGCUUCUCUGCAGGUCCUUUAGAAGAUGAUUUGUUGCACUGGACAGCUUCAAUUGUUGGCCCCGCAGAUACACCAUAUGAAGGUGGGCAGUUUGACUUACGAAUGGAUUUUCCAACAGAUUAUCCACUAAAACCACCAAAGAUUUGGUUUUUAACAAAAGUUUAUCAUCCAAAUGUUGAUGCUAAAGGAAAGAUAUGUAUAGAUUUUUUACUAGAUGAAUGGAAACCGUCCUUCUCAAUUUCAUAUAUUUUGCUGGCUAUAUGCUCACUAUUGAUGCAUCCUAAUGCAGAAAAUCCCAUUGUACAGGAAAUCGCCGACUUGUAUUUAAAAGACAGAGAUAAAUUUAAUGAGAAUGCGAGGGAAAUGACUCUAAAACACGCGAAACCGGAUAUUUGACCACAUUGUGAUAUUGUCACCAGUAAUGACCUCGUAUCUUCUUGAUUUCAAUGUUAGUGAUAUAUAUCCGACAACAACCAUUUAAACCUCUCUAUUGUUUAGUUUAUUAUAUAUUGUAAUUUUAUUUAACUUAAAUGAUGUUAUAUAUAAAAAAUGCACAAGGUAUAAGUACAUUUUGCCAAAGUCUGCUUUCUUGUUAAGUUGGUAUGGUUUACGUUAUCUAAAAUAUAUAAGGUUAUGAAUAGACGUUCCAGGAAACAACAGCUAUAUCUUCAUGUAAAGAAGAAGACAAAAAAAUGUGAGCCUUUAAAAACCCUAAAUUAGUUGUCUUGAUACUGAAACAAGGAACUUCUUUUUGAUUUGUGUAAUGCGAAUUUUAUACUGAAUGUAAUUAUAAAGAGAAUUUACGACAUUGUAAUUACAUUCCACAAUGAUGCAUGUACAUGUUGUUUUUCUUUCAUUUCACUUACUAUUUGUCUAUGUAAAUUAUAUAUUGUAACCAAAUUUGACCAUAUUGUUGAAUAUUUGGAUUUAGGUUGUGAACAUUUCGAAACAUUUAGCCCACUUAUGCACAAAGUGGUUAGAGGUGAGAUUGUGUGAUGUCCUGUUAUCCGCCGUAUGUCGUCCAUCACCCGCCGUUCUUUAUAAUUUUAUGAAGAACACCGUCCAAAAACAUUCCUGUAUUUGUACUUCACUUGAAAAUGACCCACCUUGUCAUAAGAGUGGUAUUUUUAGAGUUAUGAUAGGUACUUUUACCGGAGACAUGAACGUCGGCGUCACUAUUUAAAUUUGGUUAUUUACAUACUCACUUUUAUGGCACUUUUAUAGGGAAAUAAUACUUAAGUAGUAUCAUUUUUGAAACUAAAAGACCUAUUAUUCAGACUUUGAUACAUAAGUUACUUUUCUUGAAUACCGUUUUCUCACGAGAGUGGUUGUUUUCGUGAGUUUGCACAUUAAGUUGUAACAAUACACAUAAAUAGAAUAAAUCUCUGACUGUUUUAAGAUGCUAUUUUGAGUGAUAAAAACUCCUGCAUUCUGUAAGUUACACAUGUGAUCUGCGUAUAUGUUUUACAUUUUAUAAAACAUAACAAUUUUAUCGCACGUAUAUUGUGUAUUAUUAAGAAAACUUCACGUCUUUGAAUUGUGUUUUCUUUUCUUUUAUAAAAGUAAUUGUGUGCGUGAGUAAACUUGUGAAAUAGUUAUGUUUUUUACAUCAUUUCAUUGACGACAUAUAUGUUAUUACUUUUUCAUUUAAUGAACUGCUAUAAAAUAAGUGAAAUAUGAAAGCAAUUGCCUAGACUGUGGCAAUAUAAACUAAUGUAACAAGGUUUAAUUUUUGGGGGUCAAAAUUCGAAUAUCUUGAUCUAUAGUAAAAAGAAUUUUAGUGUAAUAUUUAGUUAUUUACACACUCACUUUUAUGGCAUGCUAAAUUGCAUUUUGCAUGAUAAAUAACAAACUUGUAUUUGGUUAGCCUGAUUAAAUCUGCUUUCCACUCACUGAUACACUAAAUUACUUAACAUGAAACCGCGUUAUGUUUUAUAUCAAAUAUUUGUUUUGUAAAUUAUUUCUAAGUUGGGUCUUCUUAUAAUAUUUCUAUAGUUGCAUUCGUAUUAUUUUAAUUGUAUUAUCAAAUAUUAUUAAAUAUAUGAGAGAUUGUAAACAUAACUAACUGCGAACUUUGUUCUCUGUUUUUAAGAAGGAAUUGUGAAACAGUUUUUCUGUUUGCACUUAAAUUUUCUUAAUAUUUUCUAAAGCAUUUAUUUUGCAAACUUUAUUUACAUUUAGUGAAAAUAAACAUUUAAAGUAACAAUGCAUAUUUGAUUUCUAGCUAGAAUAUUUUGCGGGGAAACAAUACUUCAUGUUUUAAGGUCCGUUAUGUCACAGAAAUGGUUUUAUCGUUAUUACAAUUGUCCACUUUAACUGUAUCUAAAAGGUACUCAUGCAUUGACCAAUUACCUAAACCGUCGUUUGUUGCUUUUGCCUUUAAGCUCAGCAGAACCGAAAGGUCAGGGUGUGCUAUUGGUAUCAAAGGGGGAUGCUCUGGCGUCCGUCGUCCAUCUUCAUGCGUCAAUAUUCAUCUUCUAUGAACCUGCCGGGAAAAUGUACUUCAAAUUUGGUCUGUAGCAUCCUUAUGACAGUCACGGUUAAAUUUGCUCAUAUCAUUUCAAUUGACCCCUUUUAGGGGUCAACAGAGUUAAAAAAGACAUGAGAACAUUUAUUUCUACUGAAGUAAUUGAUAGGUGAUCACCAAACUUUGUAACAAUCUUAGAUAUGUUAUCAAAUUUGUUCACAUUAAAGUGAUUGACACUUCUAGGGGCAGCUUAAGCUAAAAAUAGACUUUAUCUUUAAACGUUUUCUUUUACUGACUUAAAUGAUGGAUAUAUGAUCACCAAACUUUGCCUGUAGCAUUCUUAGAAGGUUUAUAUUAAGUUUGCUCAAAUUAAUUUGAUUGGCUUCAUUAACGGACCGCUAGAGCUGAAAGUUACAAAAGCUGGAAACAUGUUUCUUCUACGGAACUGAUACAGGUUAUCACCAAAGUUUGUUUGUAGCUUUCUUAGAUGUUUUUGUGUUUCAAGUUUGCUCAAAUUAAUGUGCUUGUCCAUUUUUAUGG